GCCCUUUCUGUUUAUUCUUGCUUUGUCCAGGUGCAGUAACGGUAUUCAGUACUUGUUAUUGUCAUACUAUUGUGAUUUAUAUUAUGUUCUAACGCAGUGUAAGCCGACCAUUAGACUGAGUAGUACAUGUGUUGUGUUAAAAGAUUUAUAUUCCGAUAAUGGAACACGAAGAUACGUUUUUGGACAGAGUAUUGAAGAUAGUAAAGGACGAAUCGGCGCAUCAUUUACCGUUAAUUCAAUUUAAACAUCCGAAGGAUUUAGAGGUAAUUCUUCGCAAGGAUAUAGAUAUUUCGGAACCCGUUGCAGAUCAAGAGCUGGAGCAAUCAGUAAGAAAUGUGUUGCAAUACAGCGUUAAGACAAACAAACAUACCUUUAAGAACCAGUUAUAUGGAGGAACAGAUCCGUAUGGGCUGGCAGGAGCAUGGAUUGCGGAAGCUUUUAAUACAAGCCAGUAUACGUUCGAGGUAGCUCCUGUGUUCACGUUAAUAGAACAAAAGAUGAUUCAACAUAUUCUUCAGUUAUUCGGAAUACCCAAUGGAGACGGUAUUUUUAGUCCAGGUGGCAGUAUGUCCAUGUUAUAUGCUAUAGUAGCAGCUAGAUUUAGAGCUUUCCCAGAAGUAAAGUCUAAGGGAAUGAGAGGUCUACCUGAAAUGGUUAUAUAUACGUCGGAAGAUAGCCAUUAUGCAAUUAAGAAAGCAGCACAUUGGCUAGGUUUUGGCACGGAAAGUGUUAGACAAAUUAAAUGCAAUCAAUGCGGACAAAUGAAUGUGGAGGAACUCGAAGCAGCUCUUAAAGAGGAUCUGAGCACACAAAAAGUUCCUUUAUUGGUUAAUGGAACCGCGGGAACGACUGUUUUGGGAGCUAUUGACAACUUGGAAAAGAUUGUUGAUGUGUGCAGCAGAUAUGGUGUUUGGAUGCAUGUUGAUGCAUGUUGGGGAGGUACGCUGAUUUUGUCACAUAAAUUUAGAACCAUGUUGAGAGGAAUUGAAAAAGCAAAUUCAAUAUCAUGGAAUCCACACAAGAUGGCGGGCGCGCCUCUGCAAUGUUCCUUGUUCCUGCUCAGAGAGAAAGGGCUCUUGCACGAAUCGAAUGCCGCGUCUGCGCAAUAUUUGUUCCAGCAGGACAAGUUCUAUGACGUGAGAUAUGAUACGGGUGAUAAGAGCAUACAGUGUGGGAGGAAGAUAGACGCUUUCAAGUUAUGGAUGAUAUGGAAAGCUCGUGGAGACGUCGGGUUGAGUCACAUGAUGGAGUACACCAUGGAACUUGCCGAGUUUUGUAUGGGAAAGGUCGCAGAGAAGCCAGGCUUUCGGCUUGUAUCGGCUCCUAUACAGUGUCCUAAUGUUUGCUUCUGGUAUAUACCAACUUUCAUGAGACACCAGAAGGAAGAUGACAGCUGGUGGGAACUUAUGCACAAGGUAACACCAAAGAUAAAGGAGCUAUUAACUAUAAGUUCCCGCCUCAUGGUGGCCUACUCCCCUCUCCGUCAAUAUAAGAACUUCUUCCGAAUGCCGUUCACCUUCCAUCCGAGACUUGAAGAGAAACAGAUCUUGGAUAUGUUGCAAGCUAUAGAGGAUUGUGGGGAAAUGAUAACCAUGGAUAUGUUGUGAUGCAAUAAGAAAAUAAACUGGAAUUAAAAAAUAUUUACGUUCUAGAUUUUAGAUCUCAACUAGAUUUAACGAUUUGCGUCUGGACAAAGAUUUUGCAUCUGCCGAAGACUAACAAGUUCAUUCUCUUUUUUUUAUAGCCACGCGUAUUAUAAAUAUAAAUGUUCAAAAUAAUCAUUGCAUAUAUGUCUCAUGCAUAUGUUUUUUCAAAACGUGUCAUGUAUUUCUUAAUUUAUACUAAGUGUAUGGUGCUGUUUUUAUCUAAUAAAUAUAUUUUAUAAUUA